CAUAUUACAAGAAAAAAAAAAAAUGGGUUCUCUUCUAGAACUUGCGGCUCUCUUAAUAAUCACGACUAUGUGUGUUAAUGUAGUAUUGAUAUGUGGCGCUCAAAAUGCGAGGAGGGUUCCUACAACCGGUUUCGACAACCCAAGGACAACAGUGUUUAUACAUAAUGAUCUUGGUUGUCCUUCGCUGUUGUGGCAUCAUUGUAAAUCAAAAAACGAUGAUUUUGGAGUCUCGACUAUUCCACCAAAUGGAACGUGGUCGUUUGAUUUCAAACCCAGUAUUUUUGGGGGCACUUUGUUUUUUUGCAGUUUUGGAUGGGAACAUGAGAUGCAUUACUUCGAUAUCUACAAACAGAGCAGAGACAGAGAAUUCGCCAAGUUUGGAUGUACGAAUUGCCAUUGGAAGAUCCAGAAAAAUGGACCUUGCAAAUUAAACAAAGACACUAAUAUGUAUGAUGUUUGUCAUCCUUGGAAUUCUUAG